GGUUGCGCUUCUUCGAGAACGCAUAUGGCUGAUUAAUGCAAGCCGAAGCUGCAGACCCAAAUAAUGGGAAACUUGCCAGUUGAAAGACUUCGAGCGCUACGAUCCUUUCUCAUAUGUGGCGUAGAUUUUUGGGUCCAAUUUAUACUACAUUAAAAAUACGCGCUCGACCACCCGUAAAAACCUAUAUCGCAGUUUUCGUUUGUUUCACGUCUAAAGCAGUACACUUAGAAUUAGUUUCUGACUUAUCAACUAAUUCCUUUAUUCUCGCCCUAAAAAGGUUCAUUGGUCGCCGAGGGAUGCCACAGACAAUACACAGCGACAACGCACCCAACUUCGUCGGCGCCGAUCGCAAGUUGUGCGAAGUCAAAGAGGCGUUUCCCACGAAGACAACACGCCACCGCAGCAGUGGGCACUAGGACGAAUCGCCGCAACCAUAGAAGGACGAGACGGAAAGGUGCGAGUGGCAGACGUGGCAACCAAGGCAGGCACCAUUAAGCGCCCUAUUCACAAGUUAGCCCUGCUGCCUAUCGAAGUUGAAGGAUCAUGAUCCUGUCAAGGUGGCCGGUGUUGCGUCUAGCGACUUUAUACGUCUAAAACUAAUGGUUUAAAAAGAAAUUUGUAAAAUUAAUUAAAGAAUCUAUGAAUAUUAUUAAAUGUUGUUUUU